UAUUUCUAAAUAAUUUUUUUUUUCAGGAUCUUAAUGUCCAUGGCACACCAGAGAAAUCCUAAAAUUCUUGCAUGGUUGACAACUAAAUCCCCACAAAUCUCACGAUUCCCUCUAUAUAAAUCGUUAGAAUCUGCACUUAAAGUCAUAAGUGAACCACAAUUGAUCAUUAAAGAAAACUUACAAAAUUAAAACUACCACUAAUUUUUUUUCAGUUCUGAAUCCAUGAAAAUGGGAGAUAGAAGGACAUUGUUGCUUCUAGUGCUGACACUUUUCUGUGCACUAGUGUCCUCUAUUGGUGCCUAUGAAGAGGAAGAAUACGAGCAAAGGACACAAGGAGAAAGAUGGUUCUUGUUGCGUCACUUACAUAAUGUUGUGAAAACUGACGCUGGGUCGAUGAGAAUGGUGAAGGGUGGCUAUCAUAGGGGUUCAUAUCUUCAUAGUCCAAUGCAUAUUGGUUUCAUCUCCAUGGAACCUAAUAGUCUCUUCAUCCCUCAAUAUCUUGACUCCGAUCUUGUCCUCUUUGUUCAUCAUGGAGAAGCGAGAGUUGGGCACAUCUAUAGGGAUAAAUUAGCAGAAAGGCAUUUGAAGCAUGGAGAUGUGUACACAAUACCUGCUGGAUCAGCUUUCUAUUUGGAGAAUAGAGCUGAAAACGAGAGACUUGGCAUUAUUUGCAGCAUUGAUAUUACCUCAGAAUCCAUGGGGUGGAAUGCUUUCCAGUCUUACUUCAUUGGUGGUGGAGUUCACCCAGCAUCCAUUCUUGCUGGAUUCGAUCACAACACAUUAUCAACUGCUCUUAAUGUGUCGACAUCAGAAUUAAAGACAUUAUUGACCAGGCAAUCUUCUGGGCCAAUCGUGCAUAUAUCUAGUUCUCAUGAUCACUCAAACAUUUGGUCCAAAUUCUUGGCCCAAGAACCCCACCAGAAACUAGCUCACUUGAAGAGGAUUGUGAAUUUUGGAGAAGAAUCUAGCCCCAAAGAGGAACAAUCAACGUGGUCAUUGAGGAAAAUUCUAUUUACUCUAUUAAAUAGGGAAGACGCUGUCAAGAGAGUGAAUCAUGAAGCUCCAUCAACGUACAAUCUCUACAACAGGAAUCCUGAUUUCCAGAACGACUAUGGAUGGAGCAAGAAGUUGGAUGAGUCUGAUUAUUCUCCUUUAAGAAUAUCCGGCAAUGGUGUCUACCUUGUCAAUCUAUCUUCGGGAUCCAUGAUGGCGCCUCAUGUUAAUCCAAGAGCAAUAGAGUAUGGAGUAGUGCUGAAAGGGACUGGCAGAGUCCAAAUUGUGUAUCCGAAUGGGACUUUGGCAAUGAACUCCAGAGUACGAGAAGGGGACGUUUUUUGGGUUCCAAGGUACUUCCCAUUCUGCCAAAUUGCUUCAACGAAUGGCCCAUUUGAGUUCUUCGGCUUCACAACAUCAGCAAGGAGGAACCGUCCACAGUUUUUGGUGGGUCAGAAUUCAUUGAUGCAGAGUUUGAGAGGGCCAGAAUUUGCAGCUGCAUUCGGAAUUGGUCAGAAAAGGCUUGAAAGGAUUGCCAACGCGCAGCGUGAACAAGUUAUCUUGCCCUCAUCAUCGUCAGAUUCUCCUCUGAAGAUUGACAUGGGUUUUUAAGUGUAUUUGAGUUAUGUCCAGCUUUUGGAACUUCCAUUUUCUUUUGUGCUUUCCUUUCAUUCGAUUUUUGAGUUUCCUUAGUCGCUUUGUGACACAUUUCUCUUGAGUUGUGAAUAAAACGGAUUGUUUUUUUUUGA